AUGGAUUCAAUGGAAAUUGAUAAACUUCUAUACAAAACUGAGGAUGUCGUAUUAUUCGACAUUCCACCGCCUCGAAAAGAGGAUGGUUUUAAACAUAACAUAUCUCGGUGGGAUCUUGAUGUGAAGCCAUUGUGGAAAGGUGUGUUGGAAAUUCAUGAAGUUGAGCUGCUAGAGGACUAUGCCGAUAUAAAUCCUUUUGCUACCCAGAGCCCACCAAAAAGCAAAGACCCCAAAGAACUUCUUAAAUUAUGGAUAAUAUUGAAAAAUCCUGGAGAUGAUAGUGAAUUUGCCAAAAUUCCAAAAUUAUCGUCUUUAGAUAGCAAUGAUUUGAGCAUAAUUCCUACGGAUUCGUCAAAGGUUUAUGCGGUGUUUCCAGAAAUCGAUGGUGAUGUCCAGAUUGAAAUUAAUAACGUAAAACAAGGAAAAAAAGAUGCCAAAACCGGUAGUAAUAGCAAUAUCAAACGUAUUGGUAUGGGGUUGAAAUUUCCUAGCUCCUACGAGGCCAGCAAUUUCAGCAUGUAUUUGAAUGCGUUUGAAAAGGAUUUCAAGGUUUUUGAAGAGGCAAUGUUAGAUGAGUUGCGUGAGGCUGAAGAGGCAAAAAAUAACGAAACAUUAUCCAGUAAAGGAGCUCCUGAAGAUGAAAAAGUAUCUAAUGAGACGAUCGAUGUACUAAAUGACAAGUUUUAUGAUAUUAGCAUGAAAGAUGAUUGUCAAACCAAAAGCACAGCAAGUAAAUUUGAAAGUGAAAGUGAUGAUAGUGACGACGACUUUGGUGAUUUUAUGGAAGUGUCCAAUAAAUAG